AUGGAGGUGGCAGAAAUCGACACGGUCAAUGCUGUUUUGGCAAUUCGACUUGAGCUGCAGGACCUAGUGACUGCCUUACCGGAGGUGCCCAGCCAUGAAGAGAUAGCUCAGACACGCGAUCGAAUUAGCACCCUCCUCUUCCAGCUCGAAGAACUCGCGACAUUCGAUGCCGAACAAUCAAAUGAACGCACUCCACGGGGCGGCGAUGAAAACCAACUACUUGACCAGCCAAGUGGCAACUCGAAUUUACGAGUCGUGGGCAGGGACGGAUACUACGAAGACCCUCGAAUCAAACCUGAUGGAAGGACCAGCCUGGAAGCAUACAUGCACGAUCUCGAUGCCGAUGAAGUUCACCCACCCGAGGAAUGCUACAUUUGCAUGCAACAAACCCCAUAUUCUCAGCUCAUCGCUCAUGAAGAAUGCGAGCAUGUCUGGUGCCGUCCAUGUUUGUCGGAAAGUUUCGAGUCGGCGCUGAAGAAUGAAAGUCACUAUCCUGUCCGAUGCUGCCGGAGUCUCCCCAGCAUCUCCCAUGAAAGUCCUGUCAUUGUGCGCCUUCUCGGGGAGGAAACAAUUGCCAAGCUGAAGUUGAAGAUCAAAGAGUACGAGACAGCAGACCGGACCUACUGCUACGAGCCCACUUGUUCGACAUUCAUUGACCCAGACACGUACAUAAAUGGAAGGGCCACUUGCCGCUCCUGUGCCAUUGUGGAACGGAAUUCUGCUAUCAGUGCAAUGCUCGCUGGAAGACUUGCCAAUGUUCGCAAUGGCGUGAAGAUAGACUCCUUGAGCGAGCUGGAGUCAUCGCCGUACGUCAGGGUCGAGCCGCCGAAGUGCAACGAAUUGCAGCACGAAUUGCAGAAGAAUGCAGGAGGGAGACACACGAAGAAUGCCGUCACAAUCACUGGACUAGACGUCGAAUAG